GUUUAGCAGAAAUUGUGCUUGAAAAUCUUUUAAAUUAUUAUUCAAGUUGACAAAAAAAACAUGCGAUUGACUUGUGAUAUAAAUGUAUCCAGCCGCCCAGGAAAAUCUGCGCCGCCUAGAAGCCUUGGAAAGCCUGUAAGGGCAACAAUUUCAGUUGGACGAAAGUCAGGCAARGAUGGCGAGAAAGGGACAGUGUUUCUUCUUGUUUGUACUGCCAAAGAAAAAAGUGGAACGAAGUAUAAGGUUCAUGGGAAUAUAAUGCAAGUAUUCAACAAGUUUUUGCAAGAUGGAAAAGCAACAAUCCGAAUGAAUGAACCACCUCAUGACCUGUUUAUUAGUAAAGCAGACCCACCAAGUUUAAAGUCUCUCUUAUCUCUACUCAAGCUUAGUGCCAGGGAUAUCARCAAAGAAGCCUUAACUACUCUAGCUCCAGCUAAAUUAGUUGACUUGGAAAGACCCAAGAAAGAACUUAUAGUCAGUAGAAGAUCAGAYUACCCAYUGAUAAAACCUUUUCCUGACAAAAUCCAAAGACUCACAGUAGCAAAUUGUAACAUGAAAAAGUUUGACAGACGAAUCAUGCUGCUUCAGGAACUUACWUUCUUGUCUCUAAGUGAUAAUCUUUUCCAAGAAAUUCCUCUUGGAGUUGGAGCAAUGGCAAAACUGUCAGAACUUUGUCUUGUUAAUAAUCAAAUUWGGGAUUUGGAUUGGAGGCUGUUUUGYGGGGCAUUAUCAACAUCUUUAAAACUGCUAGACAUUCGUAAUAACAAGCUUGUUUACCUCCCUUCAACAUUCUGCAAGUUGACAAAUUUAGUACAUGUUAAACUUGAUGGAAAUGAACUGCAUUUGCUACCGAGAAGAUUAGGAAAUCUUCACAAGUUACGGUUKUUGUCAGCAAGUGGCAACAAGUUAAGGAUAUUGCCUUGUAGUAUGAAAAACCUUAGGCUUGAAUCUUUGGAUUUAUCACAUAAUCCUUUUCUCAAGGGUGAGGAGCAGCUGGUUAUCAAUUGUCUUUCUGUUUCAUCAUUGCUGGAUUUGGCUGGUCAAGCAACAAGAAUAUAUAAGUGUAAGUAUGACAAUAAAACACUACCAUCACACCUUUGCCAUUACCUGGACAGUGCAAACCAAUGUGGUUAUUGUGGAAAGUACUGCUUUACGUCUUGCAUUCACUUCAUCAAGAGAAUCAACAUUCAUCAUAUUUCUCAAACAGUGGUAUCAGCAGGCCCAACGCAAAGUUUACUUCCWGCGGAGGGGYUUAUGUGCUCACAGAAAUGUCUACAGGAAGCACAAAGGGCUUCAUUCAGACACUUAUACUGACAAGAUUAUAUCCAAAUGAUCAAUACUUGUCAUAACAGUACUUAAUUUAAUCAUAUGCAAUGUGAAUUAUAUCUCAAUAUAUCUUAUUUUACAUAAAUACAGUCA